ACGUGCUUCUAUUUUCAAAACAGUAAAAUUAGGUCAUCCUGACUCAGCUGCAAAUUUACACAACUAUUUUCGGUGAUUAUCACAAACAAAGCUUGAACAUUCCAUCAGAAGGAAAGAAGACAGGUAACAUCAAUGUGUGCACUGCAAAGUUUUCGACCAAAUGAAUUUUUGGAAACGGUGAAGUUUUCUUGAUGCUAUUCUUGAUUGAUUUUGAUUGCCACUUGGAUUGAAUUGAUUGAUAUUUAUCGCGCGAUUUUUAUCAGUAUGACAAUCCCAUAAUGUCAGUGACCCAGGACAAUACCUGUACCUCUGUAGAUAUGAACAAAUCAACAGCUAGGGCAGAACCUGAGGGAAACCAACCCAUAAGCCUAGACACCCUUCCGCCUGAGCUGUUUUUAUGUAUCUGUGAUUAUUUAGAUGCCAAAUUUGUCAUUAAAACCUUAAGUCUUGUUUGCAAGGCAUUUCACAGUACUAUCAGUGAUGAUAGUACAUGGAAAAUUCGUAUUGGGAAAAGAUGGCCCAAAAGGUACCCUGUGAUACCAGUGGAUGACUCCAAUUUCAAUUGGAAAAAUGCAUGUAUUCAGAGAGAAGAGCAGCAUAGGCUGUGGUCUAAUUGGAAAGAAAACAUGGACCAUUUUGUGUUUCGUGAAGGCCUAUAUGCUCCAGUGGAUGUUGUGCAUUUGAUGAAGGGCAGUCAGUUGCUGGCGUCUGGUUCUCGGGACCGUUACCUCAACCUACUAGAUCUUAACAAGCUGGACCCAGACAAUCCUAACAGUGCCAAAGAUGUCAGGAUAUGGAAUGUGAUGAAUGCGCACAAGGGCUGGAUUUGGUCCAUGAGCUCUUUUGACGACACAUUACUCACUGGAUCCUGGGAUACAUAUCUCUCACUCUGGGACUUAGCAGGUGGUGGAGUGCCAAAGAGCAGAAUAAAGUGCAAGUCUGCUGUGUUGUGUAUAAAGACCUUUGAUGAGCAGGUGACAGCAGGUGGUUACGACAAUAAAGUAUACACCAUAGAUCCACGGGUAGGCAUUAUGGCAGAGAAACGCUACCACAAGAAACCUGUUCUUUGUAUGGCUGUGGACCAGGACUAUGUUAUUACUGGGAGUGAGGACCAGACUAUAGUGGUGUAUGACAAAAGGGCAGGAAGUGUAUGCAAAACUAUCUCGCUGGAAGAAAGCUAUGCCAUGUCCAUGUCAUAUGGCUUAGGACAGCUAUGGGUGGGGUCCAAGGCAGGUGUGGUCCAUCUUUUUGAUGCAAGAGAAGGAAGGUUUGAACUGGAAGAAACAUAUGACAUAGGGCACAGUGGAAAAGUGACUGGUGUCCACCAUUCCUUAGGCUCUAUUAUGACCUGUUCUACUGACCGUUCCAUCAAAAUUCUCCAGCCAACCCGUGAUCCAGACACCAUCACAACACUGGACGUUCAUGAUUUAGAUGUGGCAGGGAUUGACUUCCAAAACAAUGUUCUUGCCAGUGCAUCCUGUGAUGUUUCCAUAGGUAUAUGGAAAGAAAAAGUGAACACAUGAUGUUUUAACUUAAUUGUUGCUCAAGAGUUUUAUGUGAUGUGUCCAUAUCAUGCUGUUACUACUCAUGAGCUUUUCAUUUGUCACAUUCUUGUGAGAGACAGCUUUGUAUAGAUUACAGAAAUAUUAGAUGUAUGUGUAAUAUGUACACACGAGAGCAAAGACUAAGUGGAGUUGUAAUGAUUCAGAGGGAAUUUCAAAGAAAAAUGCAACCUUUAUGUACAUAUUAAAGAAACGAUGUGGAUGGAUAUCAUAAGCUGUAUACAUCUUGGGAUAUGCCUAUCACCUAAUGGAUUUUGUUGUCGAGCAGCACCAAGUGCACAGAGUUCCUAAAAUCUCAUGUUUUAGCUGUAUAAUUAUAUGGUGGUGUUAUGUCAGCAAAUCCAGUUUCGUUUUUUAUUCACAGGCUCACAUUAGAUUUAUAUUAGGUACAUGGAGUGAAAGAGACUUCAGAUUAACAUGCUUCGAUAUUGAUUUAUGGAUGGAGAAGUACUGUAGGCUGGUUGUAUGUCUAAAAUUUAACCAAAUGGUCAUGUGGCACAAAA